AUGGCUGCCCGUACCCUUGAGGCGCGCUUUGAGCGCAUGUCCGUCAACGAUGAGAAUGAUCCUCUCGGCGACGGGUCCAAGGUCUACUCCAAGUCCAAGGCGGCAAUUGCUUCGGGAUCCUCGCAACUCCCCCACGGCGCCAGUCGACCGAACCUCUUCAAGGUUGCGCUUCAAUCACAAACCAGCAACACCGUCGUCACCCUGCCUUCGCAGGCCGCGCAACGAAAAGUCGCCUCCCCUACAUCUCCCCCCAGAAAAGCGCUCCCUUCCUCGUCAUCCCGCGCCUCCGGCGAGACUUCCGAGGAGCAGGCCGAGGCCAAGGCCCUCACCAUUCCCAAGCAGCCGAGCAUGCCUAAACAAUUCCACCUCGGCAUGUUCGAGAUCGGCCGACCCCUCGGCAAGGGCAAGUUUGGGCGAGUGUAUCUCGCCAAGGAGCGAACGACUGGGUUCAUUUGUGCACUGAAGGUGCUGCACAAGUGUGAGCUGAACAAGAGCAUCAAGACACAGGUCCAGAGAGAGAUCGAGAUUCAGAGCAACUUGAGGCACCCCAACGUCUUGAAGCUCUUCGGUCACUUCCACGACAGCAAGCGAAUCUUCCUGAUCCUGGAGUUUGCCGGCAAGGGUGAACUGUACAAGCACCUGCGACGCGAGAACCGUUUCCCCGAGUGGAAGGCUGCGCAGUACAUCGCCCAGAUGGCCUCAGCCCUCCGCUACCUGCAUGGCAAACAUGUCAUCCACCGAGAUAUCAAGCCCGAGAACAUUCUGGUCGGUAUCCACGGCGAGAUUAAGAUAUCGGAUUUCGGAUGGAGCGUCCACGCCCCCGGCAACCGAAGACAGACCCUUUGCGGAACUCUCGACUACCUUCCCCCAGAGAUGAUCAAGCCCGGCACUUCGCAAAACUGGUACGGCGACAAAGUUGACCUGUGGAGCUUGGGCGUCCUGACUUAUGAGUUUCUGGUGGGCGAGGCACCCUUCGAGGAUUCGGCUCCUGUCACUCAACGGAGGAUUACGCGCUGCGAUAUGACCAUCCCAUCAUGGGUGAGCCCUGAGGCUACUGACCUCAUUAAGAAGCUCCUGGUGUUGGACCCUGAGAAGCGAAUUCCUCUUGACCAAAUUCAAGUUCACCCUUGGAUCGUGAAGCACUGUGUCAAGGGAGGCGAGAAGGCUGCCAGCCGCGAGAGGAAAUCAUGA